UGUACUGUUAGGUUUCGAUUAAAGGCAAAAUUUAGCUGCUUAGUCUCACAAGUGAAAUAGUUUUCCGUUUCUUUUUUCUUUUUUUGGUUUAACAUUUUUUCCUUUCUGAUUUUGUCUGAAUUGUUGAACUGUAAAACGGAUAACAUGGAUGUAGGAAUAGACUCAAUUAAUCGGUCUGCCGUCACAUCCGAUUACGAAUGGAAAGUAUUGUGCAAUUUAAUAGAUUAAUCGGUUUCAGCAAAAUGACCUGAUUAUAAGCGGUGUAAUAAUAUAACAAGGAUUUACUUUGUGUGCUGUUAAUUGAAAUGAAUUUUGAAUUUGCAUAGUCAUACGCGUGUGUUACAUAAAAAAAAUUGAAAUGAUUAAUAAUGCUGGAAAAUUGAGGUUGUUGCCAACAUUUUUAUUUUUCGUACUCGUUACUCGUUUUAGCAAAUAUUUCAUUUUACAAUCAAACUGCUACGAGUAUAUAACAUAAAAAGUUCUCAUGAUUAGCUUAAAAUUAAUGUUUCGACGAAAAAGUGCCGUCCCACUAAAAUGUUAAAGCCUACGUUUAUGAAUAAAUGAAUGAAUUUGAAGAAAGAAAAAAAAAAUUGUUAACACACACGCUGAUAAUGUUAAUGAAGAGGUAAUGUGAUACCAUAAAGAAUCAGAAUAAUUAAAAAGACAACGAAAAAUGUCCAAACCGGGUGGGAAAAAAGGAGCGCCCAAAGUGGCGGCCAAAAUCCAACCGAAAACUGAUGAUGAGUCCAGUGAACGAGCAACACCAGCCGCAGUCAAAGGUGACAUGGAUAGCAAAGACGAAGUGUCAAGCAAUGGCGACAAAAAGGAUGCCAACAAAAGUCUGGACGAAAUUGUACCACCGAAACCGCAAAGUGCUGGUGCAUCGACACGGGAUGCGGCACAGAAACUAUUGGGAUUAACGAUGCGGCAAGAAUGGACACCGAUUGAACAGGUGAUGAAAUCGUUGGAGAAAGCGGUUGCUGCAGCCGGCGAGGACGCUAACACGACACCUUUAGCUGGUGUUUUGGAUCCGGCUACUGGAAUGACACCUCUGAUGUAUGCUGUGAAGGACAAUCGAACUCCACUUUUGGAUCGACUUAUUGAAUUGGGUUCAGACGUGGGAGCCAGGAACAAUGACAAUUUCAAUGUUCUUCAUAUUGCGGCUAUGUAUUCCAGAGAAGAUGUGGUCAAACUGCUUCUGAACAAACGUGGUGUGGAUCCAUUUACAACGGGUGGUCCUCGACAACAGACACCCGUUCAUAUUGUGUGCAGCCGACAAACAGCCACCGCAACUAGUAUACUACGAGCUCUACUCACUGCCGCUGGUAAGGAUAUUCGACUGAAAGCGGACGGAAAAGGCAAGAUUCCAUUACUAUUGGCUGUGGAGGCUGGUAAUCAGUCUAUGUGCAGAGAAUUGCUGUCUUCACAAACGGCGGAACAACUCAAGGCAACCACUUUAAAUGGCGACACAGCCUUACAUCUUGCUGCUCGCCGCAGAGAUGUUGAUAUGGUUCGAAUAUUGGUCGAUUACGGAACAAAUGUGGACACUCAGAAUGGAGAAGGACAAACAUCAUUACAUAUAGCAGCAGCUGAAGGCGAUGAGGCAAUGGUCAAAUACUUUUACGGUGUGCGUGCGUCCGCAUCAAUUGCUGACAAUUUGGAUAGAACGCCAAUGCAUCUGGCUGCCGAGAAUGGGCACGCUCAUAUCAUCGAAAUACUGGCGGACAAAUUCAAAGCUAGUAUCUAUGAGAGAACAAAGGAUGGCAGUACAUUGAUGCAUAUUGCAUCGUUGAAUGGUCAUGCUGAGUGUGCGACGAUGCUCUUUAAGAAAGGAGUUUAUUUGCACAUGCCGAACAAAAGAGGCGCCCGAAGCAUUCAUACAGCCGCAAGGUAUGGGCAUAUUGGCAUCAUAAACACGUUGAUACAGAGAGGCGAAAAAGUUGAUAUCACCACUAAUGACAAUUACACAGCCUUGCAUAUAGCAGUUGAAUCAGCAAAACCAGCAGUAGUGGAAACUCUCUUAGGCUACGGAGCAGACGUACACGUCAGAGGAGGACGUUUAAAAGAAACCCCUUUGCAUAUAGCUGCUAGAGUAAAGGAUGGUGAUCGUUGUGCGUUAAUGCUGCUCAAAUCUGGUGCGGGCGCAAAUUUAACUACGGACGACGGCCAAACUCCAGUUCAUGUGGCUGCUAGCCAUGGCAGUCUGCCAUCUUUGAUACUUCUACUUGAAGACGGUGGAGACGCAAUGUUUAAAUCACAUAAUGGUGAAACUCCACUGCACUUAGCUUCACGAGGUUGUCAACCGGAAAUUGUUAAGCAUUUGAUCGAAGAUGUGAAAGAAAAACAUGGCCCAGAAGUGGUAGGAACUUACAUCAAUGCAGUAAACGAAGAUGGAGCAACUGCCUUACAUUACAUUUGUAACGUUACCAAAGAGGACGUUCGAAUUCCAGAAUCCGAUAAGGAAAUUGUCCGUUUACUCUUAGAGAAUGGAGCUGAUGUAUCACUUGCAACGAAACAAGCCCAAGAGACUGCCUUUCAUUAUUGUGCAAUUGCUGGCAACAACGACGUUUUAACCGAAAUGCUAUCCCAUAUGACUGCCACAGACAUUCAGAAAGCAUUGAACAGACAAUCUUCGGUAGGAUGGACACCGUUACUGAUUGCUUGUAAUCGAGGCCACAUGGAGUUGGUGACGAAUCUACUAGCAAAUCAUGCAAGGGUCGAUGUCUUCGAUAUUGAGGGGAGAUCGGCAUUACAUUUAGCUGCUGAGCAUGGAUAUUUGCAAGUGUGCGAUGCUCUGUUAACAAACAAAGCUUUCAUCAAUUCCAAAUCGAGAGUAGGAAGAACGGCACUGCAUUUGGCUGCUAUGAACGGUUUCACUCAUCUGGUGAAGUUUCUUAUUCGUGACCACAAUGCUGUUAUAGACAUUUUAACACUGCGAAAACAAACCCCACUCCAUUUGGCAGCAGCCAAUGGACAAAUCGAAGUUUGUAAGCUUCUGUUAGAGCUGGGAGCGAGCUUCGAUGCAACGGAUGAUUUGGGUCAGAAACCCAUUCACGUCGCUGCACAAAAUAACUUUUCGGAAGUGGCAAAACUGUUUUUACAACAGCAUCCAAGUUUGGUGAAUGCAACGAGUAAGGAUGGGAAUACGUGCGCUCAUAUAGCUGCUAUGCAGGGAUCGGUGAAGGUGAUAGAAGAACUGAUGAAAUUUGACCGACAAGGAGUCAUAACUGCAAGAAACAAGCUAACUGAUGCUACACCGUUGCAACUGGCAGCUAAAGGGGGUCAUGCUGAUGUCGUUAAGGCAUUGGUAAGAGCAGGCGCAUCGUGUACGGAUGAGAACAAGGCUGGAUUCACAGCGGUUCAUUUGGCUGCACAGAACGGUCAUGGUCCAGUUUUGGAAGUGAUGAGAACAUCAAAUUCCCUGCGAAUAUCUAGUAAGAAACUGGGACUCACUCCCCUGCACGUGGCAGCAUACUAUGGACAAGCAGACACCGUUCGAGAACUGCUAACCAACGUACCUGCAACCGUGAAGUCAGAUCCGCCGAGCGGACAAUCCUUGGUACCUGAAUUAGGGUCGGAAUCAGGCAUGACACCCUUACAUUUGGCUUCCUACAGCGGCAACGAAAAUGUUGUGCGACUUCUGUUGAAUUCAGCUGGUGUACAAGUGGAUGCAGCGACAACAGAGAAUGGAUACAAUCCGUUACAUUUGGCUUGCUUUGGUGGACAUAUGUCUGUGGUCGGUUUGCUGUUGAGUAGAUCGGCAGAGUUACUGCAAAGCAUCGAUCGUCAUGGGAAAACCGGACUACAUAUAGCUGCCAUGCACGGUCAUUAUCAAAUGGUAGAAAUUUUAUUGGGUCAAGGUGCAGAGAUCAAUGCUGCUGACAAAAAUGGCUGGACUCCACUUCAUUGUGCAGCCAAGGCCGGUCAUUUGGAUGUUGUGAAAUUACUUUGUGAAUCUGGUGCUUCCCCGAAAAGUGAGACAAAUUAUAAUUGCGCUCCUAUAUGGUUCGCUGCUUCCGAAGGACACAACAACGUUCUCAAAUAUCUUAUGCAUAAGGAGCACGACACGUACGCACUAAUGGAAGAUAAACGCUUCGUGUACAAUUUGAUGAUUGUGUCGAAGAAUCACAACAACAAACCGAUCGAGGAAUUUGUCUUGGUAUCACCAGCUCCCGUUGACACAGCGGCCAAAUUAUCUAAUAUUUAUAUUCAAUUGUCGACUAAGGAAAAAGAACGAGCCAAAGACUUAAUCGCUGCUGGAAAACAGUGCGAAACAAUGGCAACAGAGCUUUUAGCACUUGCUGCGGGUGCUGAUUCGGCUGGCAAAAUUCUUACGGCCACCGAUCGCCGAAAUACGGAAUUCUUAGAUGUUCUGAUUGAAAAUGAACAGAAAGAAGUCAUUGCACAUACCGUUGUACAAAGAUAUCUCCAGGAACUCUGGCGAGGAGUCUUAAAUUGGUCCGGUUUUAAGUUAGUUUUACUACUCAUAGCUUUCAUAAUUUGUCCACCGGUUUGGGUAAUAUUCACCCUGCCGUUGGGCCACAAAUAUAACAAAGUUCCAAUCAUCAAGUUCAUGUCGUAUCUGACGUCACACAUAUUUUUAAUGUUACAUCUUAUGAUUGUUGGCAUAACGCCAAUGUAUCCCGUAGUGAGGCCCAGUUUGUCACCAUAUUGGUACGAAUGGGGCCUGUUGAUAAUGUUAAGUGGAUUACUACUGUUCGAACUGACCAAUCCCAGCGACAAAAGUGGAUUGGGGUCGAUAAAGCUGUUAGUGCUACUAUUCGGAAUGGCCGGAGUCGGUGUUCACGUAGCAGGAAUGAUUUACGUACAGACGGCGUACUGGCCGACGCUUCUCUAUUGUCGAAAUCAAUUUUUUGCCUUGUCUUUUUUACUGGCUUGCGUUCAGAUUUUAGACUUUUUGUCAUUUCAUCAUUUGUUUGGACCUUGGGCUAUAAUCAUUGGCGAUUUGCUGAAAGAUUUAGCAAGAUUUUUGGCUGUAUUGGCGAUAUUCGUGUUUGGAUUUUCUAUGCAUAUUGUGGCAUUGAAUCAGCCGUUCCGAAACAUGGCACCGGAUGAAGCGAGGAAUUUCGAAAAGAACUUUAGAAAUCGAAAGACGACGUAUUUUAGCGAUGGUAAGUGGUUUACGUAUUAUUUUGAUAGUAAAGUAACAAUUAGAAUGUCUACCCUCAAAAAGAUGACACCGAUAGUUGCGUUUGAGCGACUAUUUUUUGCUGUAUUUGGUCAAACGACACCCGACGAUAUAAAUCCCAUGCCACAUAUUCGUCCCGACUGGACCGAAAGUUUAUUUAAAAUAAUUUUUGGAACCUAUUUAUUAGUCUCCGUUAUUGUACUUAUUAAUCUACUUAUUGCUAUGAUGUCGGAUACAUAUCAACGUAUUCAGGCUCAAAGCGACAUCGAAUGGAAGUUCGGAUUAUCAAAACUAAUUCGAAACAUGCAUCGAACAACCACAGCUCCAUCACCUCUAAAUUUGAUAACAACAUGGUUUAUGUGGCUAUUGGACGCUUGCAAGACCCGAAUGAAACGCAAGAAGCGUCAUAGUUUGGUAAAUAUGAUGGGAGCACGUCAGUCCAGUCCGCGAUCGAAAGCUGGCGCAAAAUGGUUGUCGAAAGUUAAGAAAGGUCAGGUGGCUCCAAAAGACUCUGUCGCCUUGUCUGUGGUCCACCUGUCUCCACUCGGUUCUCAAAUGAGUUUCGCACAACCGCCCACAACUCGCAUUGAAAAUGUUGCCGAUUGGGAGGCAAUUGCUAAGAAAUAUCGUGCAUUGAAUGGUGGCGAUACGGAGGAUACGGGAUCGAUGCGUGACUCUGAAGAUAAUGCGUCACAUACAUCGGAUGCACAGCAGGCAGCACCUGCCGCGCAAAUCGGGAACAAUGUAAAUGCAAAUGCUAUGGGUAAUCAAGUGUAGAUUUAUUGAUAAAAUAAAACAGAAAACGUCUUCUAUGGAAAUUGUAAAUAAAUUUAGUGGAAAUUACGGUAAAUUAUUUUUAAAAAUGAAAAUGUCUAAAAGUGUUGUGCCUGGUAAUUAUAUCUAAAAAAAAUUAAAUUAAAUAUGAAAAUAGCGCUCCAUCCUAGAUCUUGUACCAUAGAUUUUAUAAGUUUUGAAGCACUUUAUCGUCUUUAACGACCAUCUUUCAUUAAAAAAUAUGUUAAAAAUGCAAAUGACCGAAAUCUCAUUUUUAUUGUUAACAU